UUCGUGUUUUGUGUUUUUUUUUUCUUUGUUUAAUGAGAUUCUUAUAUAUUUCCAAACAUGGCAAGUUCUUCAGUUCCUGAUGACGAGGCAGAAGAGUUUAAGUACUUUUUUAGGGUUUCAAGAAAGACUUUUGAUUACAUCUGUUCUCUUGUGAGAGAAGAUCUUGUAUCAAGACCGCCAUCGGGGCUCAUCAACAUCGAAGGGAGGCUUCUUAGUGUUGAGAAACAAGUUGCAAUCGCCCUCAGAAGGCUGGCAUCUGGCGAGUCCCAGGUUUCAGUUGGUGCUGCUUUUGGGGUUGGCCAAUCCACAGUUUCUCAGGUGACUUGGCGAUUCAUCGAGUCGCUGGAGGGGCGCGCCAAGCACCACCUCAGAUGGCCUGAUUCGGGUAGAAUGGAGGAGAUCAAGUCCAAGCUUGAAGCAUCCUUUGGAUUCCCCAAUUGCUGUGGAGCCAUAGAUGCAACACACAUCAUUAUGACCCUCCCCGCUGUCCAAACCUCGGAUGAUUGGUGCGACCCUGAGAACAAUUACAGCAUGCUCUUGCAGGGAGUUGUGGACCAUGAGAUGAGGUUUCUUGAUAUAGUGACGGGUUGGCCUGGAGGCAUGACGGUGUCGAGAUUAUUGAAGUGUUCGGGAUUUUACAGGCUAUGCAACGGAGGGGAGCGAUUAAACGGGAAUGUAAGGACUUUGUCUGGAGGAGUGGAGACUAGAGAAUAUAUCGUUGGUGGGAUUGCCUAUCCCCUCCUUCCCUGGCUCAUAACUCCUUAUGAAAGUGAUGACCUCACAACUCACAGAUCGUCUUUCAAUGCAAUGCUUGAGGCUCCUAGGUUGCUUGCCGUGAUGGCGUUUUUGCAGUUAAAGGGCAGCUGGAGAAUCCUUAACAAGGUUAUGUGGAGACCUGAUAAACGCAAACUGCCAAGCAUUAUCUUGGUAUGUUGUUUGCUUCACAAUAUAAUUAUAGACUGUGGAGAUAAGUUGCAGCCGGAUGUUGCGUUAUCGGGUCACCAUGAUUCAGGAUAUGGAGAACAGUGCUGUAAGCAAGUUGAUCCGUUGGGGAGGAAAGUAAGGGAAAACUUAGCCGAAGCACUUGCAGCACAUUACAAGAAAAGUACUCCAAAGUAAACUUUUCUGUUUCUGUAUCUUCAAUUUGAGUGUAAAUUUGGCAGGGUGGUUUCUUGUACUGAUCUUGUUGAGUUUUGAGUUUGAAGCCUCCUUGACCAAAGCCUUCAUGUAAGCAUGUUUGCAAGGAGAAUGGGAAAUUUUAAGCCCCCAAAAAAAGGGGGAGAAAAGGAAAUUUAUCUCUUAAGCCAAGUGUUCUCUAUUAACUCCCAUAGUGUUAGUGUUGACACCAAAAAAAUAAAAAUAAAAAUA